GAAGUACUGAUACAUAGCCCUGCUAGACAUCAUGAAGCCCAUUCAGUUCGCCAUCCUUGCCAUCCUCGCCGCUGUCGCCGGGGUGAAGGCAGCCUCAACUACUACCAACGAUGGAGCCUGCGACGAUUCGCAAUGCUACACUAGAGCGCCUGCCUGCAGUGAUGAUGCGAUAGCCGUCGAAAUUAGCUCAGAUUGCUGGACCUGCUGCGAUAUACCUGAUGCUUCGGUCAAGCUUGAGAAGCUCCACAAAUUACUACACGAAGUUGUUUGAACACGCUGUAGUCGUCGUCAGAUGCUUAGGUUCACGUUUAAAUACAUAGGGUUCCAC